CCAAUUCCCACCUGCCCCUUUUCCCAGGACCCCCAGGAGGUGACCCCACCCCGGGGCGGGGGCUGUCGUGGAGCUGGAGCGGAACAUUCCCCGUGGUGCCCUCCAGCGACAACCAGGGAGGUUGUCCGACCUCCCGCCCUCCGGUGAGGUCCCCGUUGUCGCGGUUACCAGGAGAUAGAGUCGCGUUCCACGGGCACAUUCCACAGCUUCCGGGAAGGCCCCGCACCUCCAGUGCAGCUCCAGCCAUGGCGUAGGGCCGUGCCUCGGGCCAUUCCCGGCGCCAGGGGCCCAUUCCCAGAGCCAGGAUGCCAUCCCAGCCGCAGGACUCGCCCGCCGCGGGAUUGGGGACGGGCUUCCCCAUGGUGAGAGGCCCCCCCUCCGAGCUCACGGGCUUCUACGUCACCACCUACGAGGCGGCCUUUGGGAAGAGGCCCAGGGGGUCACCCCCAAAGGUGAAGGAGGGGCGCGUUUUGGGGAUUGAGCCCCCCAGUGACAGGAGCAUCCACCCCCUCCUCGGCGUCCACACCGGCUCGGGAUACGUCGUCAACAACUACUCAGAGCUCAGAUCCCUGAUCUGCCCUCAUGUGGAGCGCCAGGACACCGACAUUUCCACCACCGCUGAGGACUUCAAGGUCUUCGGGCGCCCGGAGUACCGAAGGAUCUUGCCCGAGCAUGUGGAUGAUCCGCAGUGUCAGUAUCCCACUGGCUUCUCCUUUUCCAACCUCCGUUUCGGGGAGGUGAGAGCCCCAAAUACAUCUGGGGAAUAUGGCAUCCAGAAGUACUGCGCCACUCCUGUCAAGCCAGAUGUCCCACCGAGGGCGACGGAGCUGUCGGGCUGCACCGGGACCGCCCCGAGGAGUGACCUCACCGUGCCAGAGCAGCCUCUUGAUGUCGGUGAUGGUCGGAUGGAUUCCUUUUCUGCCACAUGCAGCACUUACCAGCCUGCCAUGGGCUACCCAGCCCCCUUCGCCCCCCCGGAGCUCCAGGUGGGACCCAAGGGAGUCACAGCCGUGAAGAAGCCGCUGGGGUAUGGCACUAUCCAGAACCAGUACCUGAUCAAGCAUUCACAGAUGGCCCCCAUAGCACCAGGUGAGUUUGGAGGGAGGGGAUCGCAGCCCCCAGGAGGAGUGGACACCCCCCUCACUAAUCCCUCCUGGAUUUUCCAGGCUGGUGGGCAGAGACUCCAAUCACCUGGGCCCCGAGAUCUGUGGAGGGCAUCCAGAUCCCAAGUCCCAGUGGCUUCAGCACCAACAACCGCCCCACCAACCUGUGGCGCAUUGAUGACCCCCUGACGUGACUCCCCGCCAAAAAGUGCUGCUGCAUCCUGGGAAUCCCACCCUCGGCUUUUCCCAAAUCCCCCUAGGAGGAAUAAAGACCCUGCGCAAUGCCA